CAAAUUUUAUUCCACACAGUCCGAGCAGUUUGUGUGGUUUUGGGGAAGAACGAGACGGAUUCAUUGGCGCAACCAAGAUUUGGCUAUUGGACUUUGCCGACUAUCGACCACUAGUACAGCAAAAGUACACAGUACAAUCAAUGGCUUCCCGAACGCUCUGCCAACGUACUUGGCUGUUGGCGAGCAAACGUCCGGCAGCUUGGUCGAAUUCGGUGGGAAGAUCUACCGGUAGAGCGCCUUCGCUGGAGCUUUUGGGAGGCUAUCCAGUGCGCUUCUUCUCGAGUUAUCCACCUCAUGAGUUAGUAGGUCUACCAAGUCUCUCACCGACGAUGGAAUCCGGAUCCAUCGCCGCUUGGAAUCUCAAAGAAGGCGAGUCCUUCAUUGCUGGUGAUAUUUUCUGCAGUGUAGAAACGGACAAGGCAACCGUAGACUUUGAAGCACAGGACGAUGGAGUGUUGGCAAAGAUUCUGGCACAAGCCGGGCCCGACGAAAUCAAGUGCGGCGAUCCCAUUAUGAUCACCAUCGAAGACGAAGCCCAUCUUGGGGCCUUUGCCGACUACACACUCGACUCAGGAACAGAGUCAUCACCACCAGUAGCGGAUGCUGCCCCGACCCCAACCGCAUCACCCCCCUCUCCGAAAUCUUCACCGGCCGAGAACAAGGGUACUCCGGAUGGGACGACGUCCGCCACGUCACCAGAUACGGGUGAUCGUAUCGUGGCGUCUCCUCUGGCCCAUAUGCUGGCGAAGGAAAUGGGCUACAAUAUUUCCAAGAUCCCAGGCACCGGGCCAAAUGGGCGAAUUAUUGCGGCGGACGUGAAAGAGUACACCCCGGGUGCCGUGGAAGAUGCUGAUACAGUCGACACGCCGGCACCCGCUCAGGCGGCCAUGAAAAGCUCCCCGGCGCAGCCUGUUUCCGGAUCGGGAUACACGGAUUAUCCCUUGUCCGAAUCGGCCAGAGAAGUUGCCGCACGUUUGGCUCAAGCGAAACGCAACGUGCCGCACUACUAUCUAACUGUAGAUAUUGCGGUCGACGAGCUCUUGAAAAUUCGGUCGACUUUGAACGCCACCUUGGAUGAGAGUGCCGCGCUCGGAGUAUACGAGCUCUUGCUUAAAGCCGCAGCGCUUUCCAUGAAGGCGGUACCCUCCGCAAAUGCUUCCUGGAUGGACAGUGUCGUGCGUGUGUACGAUUCGGUAGAUAUUAAUGUUGUUGUGGGUAGUGGUGAUUCGCUCGUGACUCCCGUUAUUCAAAAUUGCUCCAGUAAAGGUCUCAAAGCGAUUUCGGAAGAACUCGGUUCUGCGGUAAAAGCCUUGGAAGAGGAUGACGAUGCGCCUAUUGGUGGCCUCGGAACGUUCACGGUUAUGAACCUUGGUAUGUACGGCGUAAAGUCUUGUGCCCCGAUUAUUCGGGAACCUCAAGCCUGCGCCCUGGCGAUUGGUGCUUUGGAAACACGAAUUGUUCCUAACGACGACCCCGAUGCGGAAGAUAUUUACAAGGAAAGUGUCAUGUUUACAGCGACACUCAGCUGUGAUCAUAGAGUGGUCGAUGGAGCCGUUGGAGCGCAAUGGCUACAGGCCUUCAAGUCACACGUUCAAAAUCCAACCACACUCUUACUCUGA